AUUGCAAAUUAUCAUUAUUUUGGAUUCCCAACUGCAGCAAGACAAGCAAAAUGUCCUCUUUUCGGCAACGAGCCAUGAAGGAACCUAGUUGGAAACUUGAGGAACUUGUUCACUAUUUUGGAUACGAGGACGAACAGAAACCACCUGAGCCCAAGUUAUUGAAUGUAGCGGAAUCGCUUUGUCCCCGACUUUCGUUUAAGGAACAAUUGGUCAUAGCCAUCUUAAUAGAGGAGUUUUUGAAGGAACAGCUCAAGAACUUUGAGAGAAGUCGAUAGUUCUUCUAAGCACAAUUGGGAA